CGCAGUCGCACUCGCUUCUCUCUCUGCUUGGCCAGUUGGUCCCUUCCAGUUCGAACCAAAACCCUCUCUCCCCUCGCCCCCCGUCCCGGAUCAAACGGCCACCGGAAAAUCCCCGAAAAAUAACGAGCAGUUCGUCGCCAGAGUAAACGCCGCGGCAGAACCCUAGCGCGCCAUCCCUCCGAUCGGCUCCCCACCCGCCCGCCCACCCACCCCGCAUGGCGGCCAACCCCUCCUCCGGCGCCGACGCCCCCCCGGCCCCGGCGCCGGUGCGGCUCUCGGCGGCGGCGCAGGUGGCCGCGAUCCAGCCCUCCUCCCCGCGCUUCUUCUUCUCCUCGCUAGCGGGGACCAACCCGGCCUCCCCGCACCGCCGCAUCGCCAUCGCCGUCGACCUCUCCGACGAGUCCGCCUUCGCCGUCAAGUGGGCCGUGCAGAACUACCUCCGCCCCGGGGACGCCGUCGUGCUGCUCCACGUGCGCCCCACCUCGGUCCUCUACGGCGCCGACUGGGGCUCCAUCCCGGUCUCCGUCGCCGACGAGGCCGACGCCGCCGAGGACGCCGCCGCCGCCGCCCAGGGCGGCCCCACCGAGGAGGAGCUGCAGAAGAAGCGGGAGGAGUACUUCGACGCCUUCACCUCCACCAAGGCGCAGGACCUGGCGCAGCCGCUGGUCGACGCGCAGAUCCCCUUCAAGAUCCACGUCGUCAAGGACCACGACAUGAAGGAGCGCCUCUGCCUCGAGGCCGAGCGCCUGGGCCUGUCGGCUAUGAUCAUGGGGAGCCGCGGUUUUGGUGCCCACCGGAAGGGCGGCAAGGGGAGGCUUGGGAGUGUUAGCGAUUACUGCGUCCAUCACUGUGUAUGCCCUGUUGUGGUGGUUCGCUACCCAGAUGAUGCUGCAGGUGCUGGUGGAGAUGCAGCGGGGGCAAUAGAUGAGCUGCACACUGUGCCGGAGGAUGAACCUGUUUACCACGACGCCCCUGAGGUGCAGAAAGAAAACUGAGGCAAUGGCAGCAGCUAAAGCACAAAGGAAAACAUGCAGCUUGCCGUUUUGAGUUUCAUAUCGGAGUCCUAGAUCAUCGGAGUCUUUGUUGGUUUGCUUGUGAGAUAUUUAUGUCGUCGAUGCAAUGUAGAGUACACUUCCAGUGGGUUGGAGCUGUCUUAUUAUGGUUUACGGAUGCUUAUGCUGGGCUCCCGAAUCUAUCUUGUUUUGCAAUGCCAAUUGACCGUUGUAUUCUCUCGUAGUUGUCUACACGGUAUCAGGACAUCUAUUCAGCUUGCUGCUGUAUUGGAUACUUGGUUAAUGGAGGACCGCCACUUCUCUGUAUUUACUACUUUAUUGAAUAAAAUAAUUGUCUAGUCGAACAGUUUCAGCUGCUAAAA